AAAAUGUGAUGACAUAUGUAAAAUGAUAUUGAAAAUUAAACGGAAGAGUGAAAAAACAUAAAUAUAAUAUCUAAUAAUAUAAUAUAAAAUAUUAUUCUUUUAAAUAUAGUUAACCAAAACACUAACCCUCGAAUUGACCGGUUAAAUCUUCAGCCACUAACUUGUCCGAGUUGACGUCUGAUUCAAUUUUCAAGACAUUGGUUUGGGAAUGUAAGGGAACACACGAGAGUAGAAGCUCUUGGGGUGACGGGCGCGUAGCCUACAUGCGGAUGCGUUCGAGAUGGAUGUAUAAAUAUCCACUCUGCAUCCUUUAUUUCUCACGAGAGAAAAAUUUGCUAGCGUUUGUCGUUGUGCCGUCAUCCUUUUCUCUGCCGCUUCCACACUGUUCAACAAGCCCAUCUCCGGUCAUUUCCCUCACCCUAGGUCAGUUUUCUUACCUUCGCUUCCCCGAUGUUUGUAGAGUCUUCAACCGUGCUGUAGAGUCUUCAACCGUGCGUCAGUUCGAGGCCAAGAGUCUGCUCGGUCACGGUGGUAACGAUUUUGCCCAGCGGGAUGACCAAGGGGAUCAAGCGAGCUCUCCAUCUCUCGAGGAGAUAAAGGCGAUAGAAGUUCCUCGAACCGCUGAACCUUGCUUCCAAAAACAGAUGGCGUUGGUCGACUCAGUCAUCCGCUCGUGGAAGUGCAACCUGACGGGCGACGAGUAUCGCCAGGUUGUGCUCUAUGCCGGUCCCAGCAUUACCCUGCGUCGUCCCACUCCUAAGGAGUCAGUCUUUGAUGCCCCUUCUCCUUCGGGUUUCUUUGGGUACCAUCUCAAGUCUCUUGAGUAUGGAUUCUGCUUUCCUCUCCACCACUUGACCAUUUCAUUCUUGAAACACUUUGAUUUCCUCCCUUGCCAAUUAGUUCCGAACUCGCACCGCUACAUGGCAGGGUUUUUCAUCCGCUGCCGCCAAACGCGGGUACGUCCCAACCUUGACCGCUUCGAGGCCUUGUUCCGGGUAGCUAAGUUUUCUGGCUCAAACUCUGGUUCCUAUGCCGCCCUCAGCCAAAGGAUGAAGCUCCUUCGUGACAAAAGCAAGGCCAAGAGCUCGCGAGGGCCUUCUGACGUUCUGCCCUUGACGCCACACCCCGGCCCGUUCGCCGAGGAGGUUCCUCUGACCAAGAAAUGCAAGGACGUGGCCUCGGCCACUUUGUGGAGCGGUUUGAGGAAGACAAGGCUAAGGCCAACCGUGACCCUCAACUGGCAGGGCCGAGCGACCACCCUUAAGGGGGAACUUGCUGCGUCCGAGGAGCAUGCUUGGGCUGCGGAAGAGGAGGCCCGCAAGGCCAAGGAACACCGUCAGAAUGCAGUCAAGGUCUUCCAAGCGUCGCCAGCCUUCGUGGAGGCAGCGCUCCCGCGCAUGGAAGAUCUGUUGAAGGCUGGGGUCGAGACUGACGUUGGCAAGCGGUUCUCGAUCCAGGAGGGAAAAUCCUACUUUUCCCUGGGGCAGGGAAAAUCCUACUUUGCUGUGCCUCAUCAUCAUCCAAAUCGUCGCAUGCCCGGCCAAUGGAAGGGCUGCCUGGGACAUGACAACCAGAGCUUGGUCGUCCGCCCCGUGGACGCCACGGGCCUCCUUCUCCCUUCGAACUUUGAAGUUCUGAACCUUCUCCCCUUGGCGAAUGCAAAUGUUGAGGAGAUGGGAGUAGGGUAGCCUUUGCCUGUGAUUGGCCGCGAAGUGGGUACUCUGUGUUUUGGUAUAAGAACUAUUAAGUACCUUUAGUUUUCAAAAUAUACUCACAAAAAAUUUAACAUUUUAAAAAAGUUGGCAAGAAAAAUAUGAACCCCUCUCGUUCUCUAUUUUUCUAGCAUUUCUAUCUUCAAGCUUCAUUAGAUCAAUGUUCCCUCAUGGUGUGGCCACCUGAAAAUUUUGAUCCAAUAAGAUUGCCAUCAGUGCUCCACCUGAAUAUUGACUAAACUUUAGCCUCUCAUUAAGGACAGAAAUUGCAGAACGUCUUGAUUGAGAGAUACUCGCAGCAACCGUUAGAGCCAUAAAUAAAUAGAUGUAUAAGGAACAACCAAUUAAUGACAAAAAUUGCUUUAAGGGUGUACAUGAAGGAUCACAUUAAGAUGAGAUACAUCCAUAGUAACUUAAGAGAUGAAUACAUAUGGAUUUGGAUUUACGCAAGGGGAAAUUAUUCAUUUAAAAUACCUGAGUUCCAGAAGCGAAAUUACCUGGAUAAACAAUUAAAAUGUUAUGAACAUACAAAAAAUUUAACAUUUUAAAAAGUUGGCAAGAAAAAUAUGAACCCCUCUCGUUCCCUAUUUUUCUAGCAUUUCUAUCUUCAAGCUUCAUUAGAUCAACAUUCCCUCAUGGUGUUGCUCACUCCAUAAAAAAUCUUGGGGAGAGAUUCUAAUUGUUUCCUUUCCAUUCCCAAUGUUAGUUUAUGAAGAGAAACAAUAUCAGAAAUAGAGUUGGCCAUCAAAUGCAUAAAUCACAUGAACAAUGUCACCGGUGGCAACAAUGCUACAGAACUUGCAAGAAAAGAGAAUGAAGCCAUUUUCGGAUUAAUACCUUGAAUUCAUGCUUUACAUAUUAGAAAAAUAGAAACCAAUCAUUUCAGCUAUAGAAUUAGUAAGUGAAAAACAACCACAAAGGAUCAUCACAUUUAUCUGUUUUGUUGUGAAGAAUGUAAACAAAUACUACAAACAUAA